UCCUUCUGGUGGCCUGAGGACUGCCUCCUCUGGGGAGCCUCCCCUGACCAAGCCCCUGGGUGUGGCCAGGGCUUGAGGGCUGCACACAGUUCCCAGUUCCCUACGGCUGCUCCUGAGCUGCGCCUCCAGGCCUGCUGAGCCUCCUUCUUGCCCCCAGCUCUCCUGCUGCCAAGAUGUCCUCACCGCGGACAGAGACUCCUGGGCCGGAACUGCAGAGCCCCAAGGAGGCUGAGGAGCCGCAGACUCCAGCUCACAGCUCCCGGCAAACAGGCAGCAGGAAAGAGCCCAGUGGCCACCGCGUGGAUGGCACAAGGCUGGGCCUGGGCACCCUGAAGCAGGCGUUCUCCUGGGCCAGCCAGCGGGCUUCCACCCAGGUCUCCAAGGAGAAUGCGGGUCUGCUAAGGCAAAGCUCCUGCUCCCUGUUCCGGUCCCUCCGGCGAGCCCUGGACGAGGGCCCAGCUGCCGGCCAUUCCCGGGCCACUCCUGAGGUCCCCUCGGAGGUCAUGAAUGCUGUCAGCCAGCAGGCAUCUCCUGGGGCAGCGUCUGAGGAACUGAAACCCGAGACAGAAGGCAAAUCCGUGGCAGACCUCAUUACUGAACGUCAACUGCUGGCGGCCUUGGAACAGCUUCUGCACUUGGAGACUCGGCUGGUGGCCGAGAAAGCCUCGCGCACCUUUGAGCAGGACCCCACGGCCUUCGCGCGGCGCGCCAUGGACGUGUGCCUGCAUUACGACGGGCUGGCAGCUGAGAUCGGGGCCAUCGUGCGCGAGACGCUGGGCGCCGACGGCGUGGACGCCGCCGCGCUGGCCGAGCUGGCCCACGUGGUGCGCGCGGAGGAGGAGGCCCACCCCGCGCCCCCAGACGACGGCGACUUCCUGCGCACGCCGCGCCGCUGGCGCCAGCACUGGGAGGAAGCGGUGAGGCGGAGCGCUCAGGAGCGCGUGCGGCAGUCGGGCACCAGGGAGGCCGAGGGCGCGUCGGGCCUGGCCCAGCUUCUGGUCGAUCUGGGUGGCGUGGUUCGCCGCGACCUGCAGAAGGUGUGGCAGGAGGUGCAGCCCGCGUACUCGGCGGCUGGCUUCCCGGCCUGGGAGGUCUACCUGCGUGCCUUCCACGGCGCCGUGGCCCAGCGCCUCCAGGAGCUCGCGCGCGAUGCCCGCGGCUGCGAGCAGCUCUAUCUCCUUCUGGAUUGGGCGGCCAACGUGUAUGGCAGUUCUGACUUUCUGGGCACCCCUGGCCUGGCGCUGCCCACCGAGCCACUGCCCCCGCUCCUGGCGCCGGACGUGUGGGCCCGACUGGAAAGUGACUACACUAGCUUCCUCGAGGCCAAGAUCGCUAGCUGCUUCGACCGUAUAUUGCAGCUGGAGCAGAGUCGCUGGGCGGCGGCCGAGGGCCCGGAGGUGCUGCAGGGCCUCUACCGGGCGCCGCUGUCCACGGACGUCCACAUGCUCGUGGCCGAGCACGUGAAGGCGGCCGGCGCCAUCUCCGCGGAGCUGGAGGCCACCACCUUGCGAAUCUGCACGCGGGCGCUCGGCCUCUUCGUGCCCAGGUUUGAAAAGGCUUUUCUGGCGUCGGAGGCGGUGAGCGACCCGCACCUGGGCGCCUACAUCAACGCCUGCGAGGAGCUCAGGACCAGUCUUCUCUCCAGGUACCCAGGAACCCAAGAGGAGCUGGAGAAGCCCCUGGCGGCGGCCACCUGCAGCUUCCAGAAGCACCUGCUUCGUGGCCUGCAGCGUGACUUACAGCCACUCUUCAGGGCCGUGUGGACCAGGGGCUGGCUGGCAGGGGACUGGCUGCAACCCCUCAUGGACAAGGUGGUGGUCUUUGCUGCUCAUCUCCAGCAUGUGGCUCGGCCACGGGCACAGGAGACUCUGCAGGAGGCGCACCGGUUCGUGGUCCGAGAGUACCUGGCGCAGGCGCUGAGGCCGCGGGAGCGGUUCCGGGGCAUGGAGCGCAUGCGCAGCUCCCAGAAGAUGAGUCUGGAUGCCCAGGCCAUCGGUGACACCUUCCAGGGCCUGGGUUCCGAGGCCACGUGGCUGGACCAAGCCAUCCAGUGCGUGGCCGAGAUCCUGGGCGAGACUUAUAAAGAUGACAUCCAGCGGCACCUGGAGACUCUCAUCCGGAGCUAUCCUGACAUCAGCCAUCCUUCAUCAGCCCCAUUGGGGGAGGGCACGCCUCCAGUCCUAGAAUCUGAGGAGGGAGGCGGACCCCGAACCCCUGGGGAGAAAGCCCUCUCUGAAACCAAGGGGAUUCUGAGACCAGGCCAGGAGGAAGGAGGCUUUGAUCCCGGGGUGUGCUGGGGGGACGGCAGGACCACGUACAGGCCAUUCUGGCGCUGCGCCGGCUGGGCCGCCGGCGGAACCAGCAUCUCUUGCAGCACGCCCGAGACCUGCUGAGAGCUGCGGCCGGGGCUGCGGGUGCGGAGGCCCCCCGGGGCCGUGUGCUCUUCGAGGAGAUCAAGGUGCCCAGUGCCAUGGUGGUGCUGAUCACCUGUGUCUAGUGCUCUCUGGCUGGAGGGGGGCGGCCAUGGGUGGGGAGCUGUGGUCCAUGGGGGUCAGCCAGAAGCCCAGGGCGUCACUCUCGGCCCUGCUCCCAACUCUGACACCACAGUUAGGGAAUUUUUGUCGUCAGCAGCUGAGCACAGCUGCCAGGCCAGAAGGAGCAGCCGUGCAGGAGGCAUUUCAGGCAUGGGGGGAGUGUUUUGUGUUGCAGAGCUCCCUUCAGUGCUGCCCGGCAGGGAGGGCCUCCCGCCCCACUGCCCAGCUUCACCCUCCAGUCUGAAAGUGAAGAGCAGAGAAUUUAUUUAAAAAAUAAAUGUGAAUUAAGA